AGACGCUCAUUCUAUUUGUACAAAGAGAAACAGCUUGGUGUAAGACAGGGACAAGCGAACCAAUUGUUCCUCACUCCAAUCUAUCUAUAUCUAUCCAUCCCUCUUCCGGAUACGGAUUUGGAUUUUCGUUUCUGGACGAAGGUUGAGAAUUUGAAGCGCGGGAAUUGAUUCCUGAAUUGGGGUUCUUUCGGAUUUUGAUUUGGUGCGGAAAUGAGGCUGAACGGCGAGGUUCUUUCGUGCAACGGCGGGAGAGCAGCAGAGGAGGAGAGUGGAGAAAACGAGAGAGAAUUGCAUUCGAUCGUCAGCGUUGGGAUUUCUCAGCCGCCGAAGCUCGUCGUCGGGUACGCCUUGACCUCCAAAAAGAAGAAGAGCUUCUUGCAGCCCAAAUUCGUUGGGUUGGCUCGGAAUAAGGGGAUUUUCUUCAUUGCAAUUGAUGUAAACAAGCCACUUUCAGAUCAAGGACCCUUUGAUGUUGUUUUGCAUAAGUUGUCGGGAAAAGAGUGGUCCGAGGUUAUUGAGGAUUACAGACAAAAACAUCCAGAAGUAACAGUUCUUGAUCCCCCAAAUUCAGUAAAAAAUCUAUACAACCGCCAGUCCAUGCUUCAGGAAGUGGCUGAUCUGAACUUGUCUGACUGCCAUGGCAAGGUUGGUGUUCCAAAGCAGUUGAUUGUCACUAAAGAUCCAUCAUCUAUUCCGAAUGAAGUUGAUAAAGCUGGGCUAAAAUUGCCGCUGGUUGUCAAACCGCUGCUUGUGGAUGGUAGUGCGAAGUCACAUGAACUAUUUCUUGCUUACGACCAAUGCUCCCUCUCAGAACUCGAACCUCCCUUAGUCUUGCAGGAGUUUGUAAAUCAUGGUGGUGUUCUCUUUAAAGUUUAUAUCGUCGGGGAAGCCAUAAAGGUGGUAAGGCGUUUCUCUCUUCCCAAUAUCACUAAACGUGAACUAGAAAAGCUUGCUGGUGUGUUCCGUUUCCCAAGGGUUUCUGUAGCUUCAGCAGAUGAUGCAGACCUGGACCCUGGUGUUGCUGAACUUCCUCAACGACCUUUGUUAGAGAACCUUGCGAGGGAGCUCCGCCAACGACUGGGCCUUAGGCUAUUCAAUGUCGAUAUGAUCCGAGAGCAUGGGACAAAGGAUGUUUUUUAUGUCAUUGACAUCAACUACUUUCCAGGUUACGGCAAAAUGCCAGACUACGAGCACAUGUUUACAGAUUUCCUACUAGGCCUUGUGCAAAGCAAGCAUAAGAGAAUACCCGCUACGUAACCACUGCAAGUACCCACUGUAUAUGAUGUUUCUUGCAGGCAGAUGCACGCCUCCUCGGAGUCGGGCAUUUCUCGUAAAGGGUCCGACCUGUUGAGUGGUGACACCGCCGCCUCUGACGGAACUGUGUUAUAAAGCAAAUUCAAUAACAGACGACUAAGAGAAGCUACGUCGUCAUCUCUUUCCCACUCCCACUUCUCUGUCUCUAGGUUAAGUUUUUGGCUCAAUCUUUACAUGAAUUUUGAUAGAAACUGCUCCCGAGUAUAUUUUGCUUGUACUUUUUUUGUAUGUUAGUCGGAAUAUCUCAGAUCAUCUAAAAGUUGUUCAAACCGGACACCA